GGCUUAACUGAUGCCCGCCUGCCUCUCUUUGAUUUGAUGGCCUUUAUUCCUUCUAAUUGGAUAAAAUAGGAAGUCAGUGGCGGUCCUGUGCGGCUGGGAUACUGAUUUUACUCAGACCAGCCUGCAGUUCUAGAGUAUGGAUAGAGAGUGAAAAGUGGGGGUUGGGAGAGGGGGAGGAAAGAGCGAGGAGAGAGAGAGGACGGGCUUGGAUGAAGAGGGGAAAGAAAGAGAAAGAGACUGAAGCAGAGAAGAGCCGCAGAGGAAGAAAGUGAAUGAGCACUCAAGAAGGACAAAGAGGAGUAGCCGGGGGUGGGUGGAGGCGGGGCGGGGAAGGGAGUGACCGCCCCUCCUGGCCGCGCUCGUGCCUCCCCAGCCCUCGGUGUUUGCAGUGAUGCUCCGAGGGCAGGCACCUGCUGCUCUGUAAUGAUUCAGCCCCUUUCGGCCGUCGUCGCGCUAACACAACAGGAUGCUGUUGCUAUUGUCACUGCUGCCUCUCCUGCUGCCGCCGCCGCCGCCGCCGCUGGUCCUCCUCCUGCUUUUACUUCUCCUGCAUGACAGUUGUUUUCUUCAUCUGAGCAGACACCAGCUUCAGAUGCUCGAGGUGAGAAACAUGCCUUUCAGUUUGGGCUACUGGUUUACUUAAUUCACCAGCUGGCAGCUCCGUCGAUCUAUUUUGGUCCCUGUCCUCUUGACCAGCCCGGGAUGGUUUGGAGAAGCGUUUAAAAGAACUCGAAAAGUGGCUCAGAAACAGCAGCUUAGAGAAUUAUUAAGAUAUACUUUGAUUUUGUAGUUGCUAGGAGCUUUUCUUCCCCCCUUGCAUCUUCCCGAACUCUUCUUGAUUUUGAUAAUGGCCUUGGACUUGGACAGUUUAUCGAUUUCCCCCUGUAAGAUGCUGUAUCAUUUGGUUGGGGGGGCCUCUGCGUGGUAAUGGACCGUGAGAGCGGCCAGGCCUUCUUCUGGAGGUGAGCCGAUGGAGAUUUAUUCCCCAGACAUGUCUGAGGUCGCCGCGGAGAGGUCCUCCAGCCCCUCCACUCAGCUGAGCGCAGACCCAUCUCUUGAUGGGCUUCCGGCAGCAGAAGACAUGCCAGAACCCCAGACUGAAGAUGGGAGAACCCCUGGACUUGUGGGCCUGGCUGUGUCCUGCUGUGUGUGCCUGGAAGCUGAGCGCCUGAAAGGUUGCCUCAACUCAGAGAAAAUCUGCAUUGUCCCCAUCCUGGCUUGCCUGGUCAGCCUCUGCCUCUGCAUCGCCGGCCUCAAGUGGGUAUUCGUGGACAAGAUCUUUGAGUAUGACUCUCCUACUCACCUUGACCCUGGGGGGUUAGGCCAGGACCCUAUUAUUUCUCUGGACCCAACUGCUGCCUCAGCUGUGUGGGUGUCGUCUGAGGCAUACACUUCACCUGUCUCUAGGGCUCAAUCUGAAAGUAAGGUUCAAGUUACAGUGCAAAUUGACAAGGCUGUUGUCUCCUCUGAACCAUCAGUGGCAUCAACACCGAAGAAUCGUAUUUUUGCCUUUUCUUUCUUGCCAUCCACUGCACCAUCCUUCCCUGCACCCACCCGGAACCCUGAGGUGAGAACACCCAAGUCAGCAACUCAGCCACAAACAACAGAAACUAAUCUCCAAACUGCUCCUAAACUUUCUACAUCUACAUCUACUACUGGGACAAGCCAUCUUGUAAAAUGUGCAGAGAAGGAGAAAACGUUCUGUGUGAAUGGAGGCGAAUGCUUCAUGGUGAAAGACCUUUCAAACCCCUCGAGAUACUUGUGCAAGUGCCCAAAUGAGUUUACUGGUGAUCGCUGCCAAAACUACGUAAUGGCCAGCUUCUACAAGCAUCUUGGGAUUGAAUUUAUGGAGGCAGAGGAACUCUACCAGAAGAGAGUGCUGACCAUAACCGGCAUCUGCAUCGCCCUCCUUGUGGUCGGCAUCAUGUGUGUGGUGGCCUACUGCAAAACCAAGAAACAGCGAAAAAAGCUUCACGACCGUCUUCGGCAGAGCCUUCGGUCUGAACGAAACAACAUGAUGAACAUUGCCAAUGGACCUCACCAUCCCAACCCACCCCCGGAGAACGUCCAGCUGGUGAAUCAAUACGUAUCUAAAAACGUCAUCUCUAGUGAGCAGAUUGUUGAGAGAGAAGCAGAGACAUCCUUUUCCACCAGUCACUAUACUUCCACAGCCCAUCACUCCACUACUGUCACCCAGACUCCUAGCCACAGCUGGAGCAACGGACACACUGAAAGCAUCCUUUCGGAAAGCCACUCUGUAAUCAUGAUGUCAUCCGUAGAAAACAGUAGGCACAGCAGCCCAACUGGGGGCCCAAGAGGACGUCUUAAUGGCACAGGAGGCCCUCGUGAAUGUAACAGCUUCCUCAGGCAUGCCAGAGAAACCCCUGAUUCCUACCGAGACUCUCCUCAUAGUGAAAGGUAUGUGUCAGCCAUGACCACCCCGGCUCGUAUGUCACCUGUAGAUUUCCACACGCCAAGCUCCCCCAAAUCACCCCCUUCGGAAAUGUCUCCACCCGUGUCCAGCAUGACGGUGUCCAUGCCUUCCAUGGCGGUCAGCCCCUUCGUGGAAGAAGAGAGACCUCUACUUCUUGUGACACCACCGAGGCUACGGGAGAAGAAGUUUGACCAUCACCCUCAGCAGUUCAGCUCCUUCCACCACAACCCCGCGCAUGACAGUAACAGCCUUCCCCCUAGCCCCUUGAGGAUAGUGGAGGAUGAGGAGUAUGAAACGACCCAGGAGUACGAGCCAGUCCAGGAGCCUGUUAAUAAACUCGCCAAUAGCCGGCGGGCCAAAAGAACCAAGCCCAACGGCCACAUUGCUAACAGAUUGGAAGUGGACAGCAACACAAGCUCCCAGAGCAGUAACUCAGAGAGUGAAACAGAAGAUGAAAGAGUAGGUGAAGAUACACCUUUCCUGGGCAUACAGAACCCCCUGGCAGCCAGUCUUGAGGCAACACCUGCCUUCCGCCUGGCUGACAGCAGGACUAACCCAGCAGGCCGCUUCUCGACACAGGAAGAAAUCCAGGCCAGGCUGUCUAGUGUAAUUGCUAACCAAGACCCUAUUGCUGUAUAAAACCUAAAUAAACACAUAGAUUCACCUGUAAAACUUUAUUUUAUAUAAUAAAGUAUUCCACCUUAAAUUAAA